UGCUUCAACUCUUGCGCAUCCACAAAGCCGACAUGAUAGUUCGUCUUAUGGCCUCCCUUAGGGCUCCUUUGGCACCCUAAUUCUCCCUCCUUGUAUGAUGGGGUCAGAUAUCAACCUCGAUGCGACCCAACAGCCUCAGAUCUGGGCUGCCGUUGGAACCACGUACGUGCUGGCCGUAGUCUUUGUGGCCCUACGCACUUUUGCCCGUCGGUUGCUCAAGAACGCUUUGUGGCUGGACGACUGGCUGCUUUUCGCGGCUCUGGCUUCGUUGACCGCUCUACUUAUCGUGAUCAAGUUCUCGAUCGACACUGGCCUCGGGCGACAUACCGCGAUUUUCACGCCUAAUGAACUUCCAAACGUAUAUGCCAGCAUCUUCAAGUACUUAUUUGACGGCUGGAUUAUUUGGACUAUUACGAUAACCAUCGUCAAGUUCUCAGUCCUUGCCUUCUACUGGCGCAUCUUCAAAUACACCUCCAUAGCCAUCCCAAUAUUUGUCCUCGCCGGUGUCACAGCAUGCUGGGGCAUCGCUACUGUCACUGUCGUAGCCCUCCAAUGCCCCCGCGAACAUGACGGGUCCUGCCGCACUGUUCCCCUCGCACUCUUCUAUUGCUCCGCCAUCGUGCACAUCGUCACUGACGCCUCUAUCCUCGCACUCCCCCUCUUCUACGUCUUCAGCACCAAACGCCCGAUUUCGGAGAAGCUCGCCAUCGCGGGCAUGUUCAUGCUCGGCAGUCUAGUCGUGAUCAUUGCCAUCAUCCGCAUCGUGUUCCUGGAUAAUGACUCCAUGUCCGACCCCGACAUCACAUGGACCUUUGUCAACGUCGCCAUACUAUCGAAUGUGGAAUGUGCAGUCGCCAUCAUUUCAGCGUGCUUGCCGUGCUUGAGGCCAGUGUGUCGAUGGCUGCUCACAGGCUCACCCUUCGCGAACCCUCCACUCAGUGGGCCCAUGACCUCGCGCCAGCGGUGUGUAUUCCGUCAAAAUCGAUUACACCCCAUCCAACAGCCUAGGUCUGCCGUAUUCGAUGGCUCUCAGGACCUCUUCUCAGACACUAGCGGCACUUGGUCCAGUGGGGUGCUAAAAUCGAGAACAUCAUUUCCUGAUGAUUUGAGCAUUCAGCUUCAGGAUUUGUCCGGUUUCUUGAAUGAACCGAAAGUCGGAAUUGAGCGAAAAGUCUGACAUCUGAAUUUCCUUUCUCUCCGCACGGUAGUUUGGGUGACGCAAAAUCGGAUGACACAAUCUCCACGACGUAAUGACUGCACAGGACCGCUCAGAAUGGGUGGGAAAUUUAGACGAAGCUCGUCCAGAUUUCUCACGACCUUGUUACUCAAUCACGCGUUAUCUAAGGCUAGACAAAGAGAUCGUCUUGCCUCUAGAGCAUAUCUAUCCCAGCCCCAACCUCUAGUAUCCCUAAUUCAGCAACUACAUAUCCUCCUCUCACCCCGCCUUCCGCCCAACACAAACAACCGGCCAAAGCGUCGGCUGCAUCGCGCCCAGCUUCACCUCAGCGCCCGCCUUCCGCACCAACUC